CAUUUUCCAAGCUAAUAGAUGUUCUUGUAGUGGAUAUCUUUAAUUCAAAAUUUGUAACAUAAGAAAUGCAAUUCUAGUAACUUGCUAAGAAAGAACAAGUAUUAUGUCUACAUGCAGAACAGCGUGGUUCUUUGAGGUGCCCGGACAGGGAUGGGAUGUAAGUUUGGAGGGUGAUGAGCGACAAUUUGGGCUGGAUUAGAGAGGAGGAAAAGAAGGAGGGGGGAGACUACGCUGUAUGUGGAUCAGAUUCAGCAGCUGUGUCUGGAGGAAGACAAGCACACACAGUCACUGAGGAUUACAAAACUAAAAAAAAAAAUAUAUCAAAGAUAUUGCUAAACAGCUGACGGGCAAAUGUGAGAAAGCUGGAAACGUCACUAUCACUGGAAGAAGAAAUAUGGGGAGAGAUUACACCCUUUAAAGAAGAGGAGGAGAGAAUGAAUGAAGAUGACAGGAUAUGAGGAGAGGUGAGUCACUGAUUAGAGCCUGGGUACAAAAGCACUGACUCGUAAUAAGAUCCAAUCAAAGAAGAAGGGGAAGCAAGAGUCUCGAACAAUACCAGAGAAAGCCAAAUUUAGACAAUAAGGAAUGGAGAAGAAAAUUAGUAACACGUUGGAGUAACAAAGAACAAUGCAACAAAGAUAAGAAAAAAAAGGACAAGCGUAUAGACUCCAGCACAGAAAAGUUCUGCAUCCUUCCCAGAAUCCUCCACUUUGCCUCCAUGACAAUCCAUCCCAUGCUUGGCCUGUGGCUUCUCUUAGUCCUUCACACCUGUGUUGUGAUAGGACACCCACAGUGCUUGGAUUAUAAACCACCCUUUCAACCCUUGAAACCCCUGACCUUUUGUACGACUUAUUCAACAUUUGGAUGCUGCGACACAGCCCAGGACAGAGCCAUCGCUGACAAGUUCCGAUACAUCACAGAAUUCUUGGACAGCACCGGUGUCACCGUCUGUGGAGAGUACAUACGGAACAUCCUGUGCCAGGAGUGCUCACCAUACGCAGCUCAUUUAUACGAUGCAGAAGAUGCCAACACACCUCUUCGUGAACUCCCAGGCCUCUGUGGUAACUUCUGUACAGAGUUCUGGUUCCGGUGUCGGUCCACUCUCAGUCUGAUCGUAGACAGAGACCUUUCAGAAAAAGAAAGUGAUGUGGUCAAGUUUUGCCGUUAUCUCACACUGGAUGAUGUAAACUAUUGCUACCCCAAUGUCCUUACCAAUGCAGAACUCAAUAGUGGUCUUGGUGAAGUAAAAGCAGACGAUGAGGGAUGUCUCCAGCUGUGUUUACAAGAGAUUGCCAAUGAACUGCGUAAUCCAGUAGCUAUGGUCCAUGCCAAUGAUGGAACCCACCGCUUUUUCAUAGCUGAGCAGAUAGGAUAUGUGUGGGUCUAUCUCCCCAAUGGUUCACGAGUGGACAAGCCAUUUCUUAAUGUCUCCAAGGCUGUACUUACCUCUCCAUGGGCAGGAGAUGAGAGGGGUUUCCUGGGAAUUGCCAUGCACCCUGAUUUCCGGCACAAUGGAAAGUUCUAUGUCUACUAUUCUAUCUAUGCCAAAAGGGAAGAGAAGAUACGAAUAUCUGAAUUCCACCUUUCUACAGACAACAUGAACAUGGCUGAUCACAAAUCUGAACGAAUAAUCCUAGAAGUGACAGAACCCGCAUCCAACCACAAUGGAGGACAAAUACUAUUUGGAAUCGAUGGAUACCUAUACAUCUUUACUGGGGAUGGAGGAAGAGCUGGUGAUCCAUUUGGAGAUUUUGGCAAUGCCCAAAACAAAUCCUCUCUUUUAGGCAAAGUCCUAAGGAUCAAUGUCACUGGCAAUGACAAGGGACCUCCCUACCGUAUACCACCCGACAACCCCUUCCUGCGAGAACGCACAGCACGUCCAGAGGUAUAUGCCUACGGGGCCAGAAACAUGUGGCGCUGCUCAGUGGACAGAGGUGACCCAGUCACUGGGAAAGGACGGGGGCGGAUUAUCUGUGGUGAUGUUGGACAGAACAAGUUUGAGGAGGUGGAUAUCAUCCAGAAGGGUGGCAAUUAUGGUUGGCGAGCCAAGGAGGGAUUCUCCUGUUAUGACAAGAAGCUUUGCAACAACGCAUCUCUGAAUGACAUAUUACCAAUAUAUGCCUAUCCUCACUCCAUGGGGAAGUCAGUCACUGGGGGUUACAUUUACCGUGGAUGCCAAAUGCCUAACCUCAUGGGGCGCUACAUCUUUGGAGACUUCAUGAGCGGACGCCUGAUGUCACUGAAAGAGGACAAGGAUGGCCAGUGGCAGUACACAGAGCUCUGUAUGGGACCAGCUCGGGACUGCAACUUCCCCAAACUCAUCAAUGGCUACUACCCUUAUAUUAUAUCAUUUGGAGAGGAUGAGGCAGGGGAACUCUAUUUCUUGUCUACGGGGACACCCAGCGCUGCAGUGGCUGCAGGAGUCUUGUAUAAAAUAGUGGAUCCAUCCAAGAGAGCUGCUCCAGGCAAAUGUCCUCUUAAUGCCCGGUCUGUCCCUAUUAAAGGAAAACUGGUGGAUUUCUAUCCAAGGCAAAAACUUAUUCUUAAAACAACCACCGAAUCGCCACCAACAUCUCCCGAAUCAAGAUCCGUGGAUCCAACCAAGUUCAGCACAACCCCAGAACCUCGCAUCACAGUCACUCCUACUACCAGUAGCACUUACAGGAAGUCAAGCACGCCCGCUUAUAUCACUGCUGCCCCAGUGCCCAGACUAGCAACUCCAAGAAAAACAGUCACACUUGCCCCUAAGGCAGAGAAAGGUGCAACAGCAGCAAAAAAAACAGUAAAAGUCACUGUCACCUCACGACCUAUGACAAAUCGCUGGAUCCAGACCAAAGGAUGGCAGAGUGAAUUGAAAGAUUUGUUCACCACCAGGACAAGAUCACAGUCGGCACAGACCCCAAUACUGUUGACCACUGGGCAGCCAUCUCAGAGAAGAACCCAGUCAGGUGGCAAAACUGAACCCAAGAAGAGCCCCGGAAUAAAGAAGAUCAAGACAAAAGUUGUGAGAAAACAAAGAGUGAAGAAAAUUAAACAUGGAACCGUGCGUCUGGUCAAUGAGGAAAAGCUGCCUGAUCGAGGUAGGGUGGAGAUUCACAUAAACGGAGAGUGGGGGACUGUCUGCAAUGACAGGUUUGACAGUAGGGCUGCUUCAGUGGUGUGUAGACAGCUGGGGUACCCUUAUGUAUUGAAGGUCGCCCGACGAGCAGAAUUUGGUGAAGGCAAGGGACUGAGAAUCCUUUUGGAUGAGGUGAAAUGCCAGGGACGCGAGAGAACACUCUUGGAAUGCCAAAGGUCAAAACUUGGUGAACACGACUGUGCUCAUGACGAGGACAUUGGCGUAGUAUGUGGGAUGCAAGAGAAGCAUGAAGAUGAGUUUAAGUUAACUUAAAGUAAGUUAGUCCCUAAUUAAGAUCGAAAUGUUGUACCGCAGACUGAAACAAUGAAGAAUCACGGUAAAUUUAUGCAGUAGUUGCAAGAGUAACCAGCAGUGAAAACGGUCUUGCACAUUCCAUUGACUUCUUCAACUCUCCAGUAGAAAGCUUCAGAGAACUGGCAGGUACCUACCCUGCAGGGAAAUGAUAAAGACAACCAAUCCAAGCAUCAUUUCUGUUGUGUGUUCUACCACCGGGAACAGAAGUCUAAUUUAUCAACGUGCUUUGUUUGCAGAGAGGGAUUUUUGAAUGAAUAGAAUAUAUUAAUUUUAGAAGCUUUUGGAUCAAAAUGAAUGACACAAUUCUGGCCAACUGAAUGAACUGAACCACUGAGAAGGAAAAGUUAGUUACAUUACUACAAGACUGUAGUAUAAUAUAUGAAGCUUUCACAGUAAAGAUCACUUCCGAAUAGGGAAGUGGUUGGGUGUCCCCAGCUGGACUUGGGAUGGUUGUACAUCCGUAUGCUGGACAUCUGUGUACCCUUCACAUCUGUGGAAAGGACACCUGGAUACAACAUGGACCUUCUACAGAUAGAGUAUAUAGUAUACAUACACAGCCGGUCUGUGCUGUUUUAAUGUUUCACCACAGGGGCGCCAGAGACCAUCUCAAGAACUGAAGCUUCUCUUACUCAGUGUAAAGUUGAGACGGUGGGUUGGAGCAACUCUCCUCUAAUGAACAGAUGUUCCAGGCAUCGCAUGGUCAGCCUUUCUUCACUGGUUGAAAGGUGCAGAUGAUUCAUUUAUCACCCCCCUCCCCCCACAUGUCAGGCUGAU